UCUACGCGAAUCCUAAGCCGCCGUAGUCGUCGAUGGCGCAGCCGAAGUCAAGAGUGCGACCGAGCCUCGUGGUUUUUUAUUCUAAUCGUUUUUUUAAAAGGAGAGAAAAAAAAAUCUGAAUUGAUGAUUUUACAAUAUUUUAUUUAUACAGAUGUUUAGUGUAGAAUUAUAUUUAUUAAAUAAGAAUUGGGUAUGACGUUAAUGUCUAAUUAAUCGUGGCCACGUGUAGCGUUGUGGAACCCACAAACUUUGUUUCUUCACUACGAAGCUAAUAUCACCCCAUGCACGAUGCACCAAUGUCACGGCCCCACUGGCUUAUAUCACCCAUCUGUCCCGCCAAAAAGAAAAGCGCGCUUACACACUUCCACUACUAUGCCACUUAGAUAUCUUAAUUCAUUUAAAUGACUAAACUACCCUUAACUGUUAACCUGUUUUACGGAUAUAUCCCCAGGUGUUUCAAUGUUUAAAUAGAAGCCCUCUACGCUGCAAUUCUUCCCUUUUCUCCUCCUUCUCUCCUCCUUUGUCUUGUUGAGCAAAUUCUUUAUCCUGUCGUCAUGCUGUCCACUUUUCCGACCGGUUCUCCGUACGAGUCCAUGCUCGAAAACCCGUUUCCGGUCGCUUCCACGCCGUGGGAAUGCCACGACUACGACUUCCUGCCGGUUGUGUUCCAGAUGCCUGAACCAACCGGAUUAUUGGACGUUUUCCAGUCCCCAAACCCGGUGAUUUCCAGUUCGAGUUCCGAAAACCGGGAUGAACCGGAAGUGAUGGAUACCGGUCCGUGUGAACCGGACCGGAAAGUUGAGGUGAUAGACGAAAGAAAACGACGGCGAAUGGAGUCGAACCGGGAGUCGGCGAGGCGGUCCCGGAUGCGUAAACAGAAGCACUUAGAAAACUUAAGGAACAUGGUGAACAAGCUGAAAGUAGAAAACCGGGAGCUGUCAAACCGAUUGCGGUUCACGGUUUAUGAAGUGAACCGUGUACGGACAGAAAACGACCAUCUCCAGACAGAACACACAAUUCUGAGUCAGAAACUUUUGUACAGCCGACGAGUAUUAAUUUUCCGGCAAUUCCAACGACAAUUGGGUUAUGCUUCCCCUUACAACGCCUUUGAACAACCCCCAAAUAUCUCUCAAUCGCAAUCCCAAUAUAUCCUUAAUAACAACAACAACAACCUCAUUAAUUGCUAAACACAACCACAGACUAUUAUAAGAAGAAGCAAUUUCUGAACCACUCUCUCUCUCUCUCUCUCUCUUCUUUGUAAACUAAAAAAAUUGCUGCUAGAGAAAAAUAUAUAUAUAAUAUUAUAUUAUUGGUGGGGUUUUACGCUAUUUUUGAAGCAACUUAAUAGUGUGUAAAAGAAGAUCGGCGACUAGCUUUAUUAGUAAUGGCUAUGCUUAAUUUAAAUAAGC